CACUCUGCGCACAAGAGAGGACUUGGUGGGGAUUACCUAGCAUAAAAACGUUUAAACACUGAUUUAUGUUAUCUACAAAACAUGAGCUUAACCUAUACGUGUUCGAAUAAGAAUCGGCUUGGUGCUUAGUUUACACUUUUAAAUUAGUUACGAUGAAGUUCGUAAAGUAUACAGGAAUAACAUGGUCUGAUGUAGAGCUUGCGGGUCUCCUCGAAGAUGAAGAUUCUUAUGUUUCUCUUGAAAAAUAUAAAAAGCAUCUUGGUUUGCAUCCGUUUCACUUAACGAAUUUAAGUAAAGCCUUGAAUGAAAUUUUAUGUGCAAAGUUGAAUUCUUAUGACACAGAUUUAAAGGGUUUUAUAGUAGCUUACAAGAACCCUAAAUUAUUAACACCUUUGGGAGAAAUAAUUUAUGAUUCGUGUUUCAUUCAUAUUGACAUAGAAGCAGAUUUUUAUGUGUUCAGACCACAAGUAGGAAUUUCUUUGAAAGGCAUUGUUAAAAAAAUAGUACCAGAGCACAUCGGAGUUGUGGUACAUAAAGCUUUUACUGUAAUUGUUUUAAGACCGAGUGAUGAUGAGGAUUGGGUGGGAAAUCAUGUUCAGUUUGGACAAGAAGUACGAAUUACAUUAACUGUUCUUAAUCUUGCUAGUAAAGUCCUAUCAUAUAUUGGUGGUGUCUUUGAUCCAGAUGAUUAUUUACGAGGAUGUAGAUUGCCAGAAAUAUCUGUUAAUACAAAUAAUAUAUCCUUCGAUGAUGAUAUUGAAGAUGACACAGAUAAAAGACCAAAGAAAGGUUCUAAACAGGCGAAGCACAUGUUUUUUGAAAAUGAUUCUGAAGACGCUUCUGAAGAAGAUAUGUCACCAACAAAGAAAAAGAGGGAUAAGUUGAAAAAAUUAAACAAAAGUCUUGAACAGGAAGAAGUAAAGUAUGCUGAAAAGGAAAAGAAAGAUAAAAGACGCUCUAAGAAGGGAAAAGAAGUGAAAGAAUCAGAUUCACUAGAAUAUACAAACAAUAUAGGUAUGAAUGGCAAUUUUACGGACGAUGAGGAAUUGGAAGAAUUUAUAUCUCCAAAAAGCAAACCGAAAAAGAAGUUGAAACGGCAUAGUUCUCAAAGUUCUAUAAAUGAAGAUGUUAACGAAGAAUGUGAAAAAUAUUUAUCAAAGCAAUUAUCUAAAAGGUUAUCGGAUAGAGAAUCAGAUGACAAACUUAAUAAAAUUAAGUUGAAACAAAGAAAAACAAGCAAUAGUUUAGAUUCGAAUGUAGAAGAAAGUACACUUGAAAAUAAAGUAAAAUUGAAGAAGAGUCCAAAAAAGAGAAAGGACGUAAAUAGCAGUGAUCAUUCUACAGACGAGUUUAGUUCAUAUAAAUAUAUACCACAUUCAAGUAAAAGAAAUUCGAAGUCUUUAGAUGAGAGCGAAGAAACAUCUGUAGACAUUAAAAUGGAAAAGCUUAAUGAUACUAAUCAAGGAAAGAGUAAAAUAAAAGCAUCUCCUAAGAAGAAGCAAAACGUGAACUUGGAAAGUUCUGAGAGUGAAAUGAAUUCUAAAAAUACUUCGUUAAAAGGAAAGGGGAGAAACAGUAAUAUACGAAACACAAAGAUUAAGACAGAAACAGCUACUAGUAGUUCUGAGAAUAUGCCAGAUGAAGAUUAUGUGCAAACCACUAGGAAACAAAGCAUAGACUUGGAGACUUCUGCGAGUAAAAUGAAUUCUAAAAAUACUCCGUUAAAAGGAAAGGGGAGAAACAGUAAUAUACGAAACACAAAGAUUAAGACAGAAACAGCUACUAGUAGUUCUGAGAAUAUGCCAGAUGAAGAUUAUGUGCAAACCACUAGGAAACAAAGCAUAGACUUGGAGACUUCUGCGAGUAAAAUGAAUUCUAAAAAUACUCCGUUAAAAGGAAAGGGGAGAAACAGUAAUAUACGAAACACAAAGAUUAAGACAGAAACAGCUACUAGUAGUUCUGAGAAUAUGCCAGAUGAAGAUUAUGUGCAAACCACUAGGAAACAAAGCAUAGACUUGGAGACUUCUGCGAGUAAAAUGAAUUCUAAAAAUACUCCGUUAAAAGGAAAGGGGAGAAACAGUAAUAUACGAAACACAAAGAUUAAGACAGAAACAGCUACUAGUAGUUCUGAGAAUAUGCAAGAUGAAGAUUAUGUGCAAACCACUAGGAAACAAAGCAUAGACUUGGAGACUUCUGCGAGUAAAAUGAAUUCUAAAAAUACUCCGUUAAAAGGAAAGGGGAAAAACAGUAAAAUACAGAAUACAAAGAUUAAGACAGAAACAGUAACUAAUAGUCCUAAGAAUGUGCAAGAUGAAGAUUAUAUACAAACCAUUAGGAGGCAAAGCACAGACUUGGACACUUCUGCAAGUGAAGUGAAUUCUAAAAAUACUUCGUUAAAAGGAAAAAGGAAAAACAGUAACAUACGGAACACGAAGAUUAAGACAGAAACAGCAAUUAGUAGUUCUGAGAAUAUGCAAGAUGAUGAUUAUGCACCCAGUAGGAAGCAAAGCAUGGACUUGGAGACUUCUGCAAGUGAAGUGAAUUCUAAAAAUUCUUCGUUAAAAGGAAAAAGGAAAAAUAGUAACAUACGAAACACAAAGAUUAAGGCAGAAACAAUAAGUAGUUCUGAGAAUAUGCAAAAUGAAGAUUAUACACAAAACAUGGACUUGGAGACUUCUGUGAAUAAAAUGAAUUCCAAAAAUACUUCAUUAAGAGGAAAGAGAAAAAGCACUAAAGCACAGAACACUAAGCUUAAAACAGAAGCAGCGAUUAAUAGUUCUAAGAAUAUGCAAGAUGAAGAUUAUAUAAAAACUAUUAGGAAUAAAAACGUGGACUUGGACAGUUCCGAAAGUGAAGUGAAUAAACAAUCUAAAAAUGUUUCAUUAAAAGGAAAAAGAAAAAACAGUAAAAUACAAAACACAAAGAUAAAGACAGAAACAGCUAGUGGUUCUGAAAAUACGCAAGACGAAGAUUAUAUAAAAACCACUAAAGUACCAAGGAUGGAUUCUGAUUUAGACAUAUUUACGCACAGUUUUAAUUGUGAUUUAGUUGAAGAUGAUGAAAGUAACACAAGACAAAAGGAGAAAAGGCAUUCAAAGAAUAAAAUUAAAGUAGAACCCGAAUUUGAAAAAAUCGUAACUAAAGUAGAAAGGUCAUAUAAUGAAGAUGAAGACAUUUAUGACGAAGAUCUAUGGAACUCGCCAAAAAUUAAUUCACCUAAGAAGAAAUAUGAAGCUCAUUUAGGUAACAAUAUUGAAAGCGAAACAGAUGCAAAAAGUAAUGCAAAAUACUUUAACAAAAUGAAAACACCGGACAAAGGUACAAAAAGUCAUAACAUAAAAGUAGAAAUAGAUAGUUCUGUAAUAAAUAGUGAAUCAGAUAAUAACGAUCAAGGUAUAUAUACUCAGAACAAUAAAGCAAAGUUGAAACAGGAAAGAGUUUCAUCAGAUAGUGAUCUAGAUUUCAGCAUUAUUAAAAUUAAAACCGAGAAGUUUCUAGACGAUUAUUAAGGUAUAAAAACAUUUUGUAAUUCUGUUUAUUUUUUUUUCAUUCGAGGAAAAGUAUAAAUAGAUAUGCAUGGCAUAUCAUUGUAUCGCACAUUAGACAUGACCAAGUGGUGGCUUGUGAGUCACAUGUGACUACUGUCCUUAUUUUGUCAUUUCAUUUUCACUCCAAAUUUUUCAAGUUUUUAAAUUUUCAGAUCUUCGAGUUCUAAGAUAACUAUCAAAUUUCAGAUUUUUUAAU